CCCGACCCCUCCUCUCUGGGGCCCAGGGGCUCAUCGGCCGGCGGCCGGCGCCGCCGCUCACCCCGGGCCGCCUGCCUUCCAUCCGUUCCAGGGACCUGACCCUCGGGGGCGUCAAGAAGAAAACCUUCACCCCAAAUAUCAUCAGUCGGAAGAUCAAGGAAGAGCCCAAGGAAGAAGUAACCCUCAAGAAGGAGAAACGUGAAAGGGACAGAGACCGACAGCGAGAGGGACAUGGCCGGGGCCGAGGCCGCCCAGAAGUGAUCCAGUCGCACUCCAUCUUUGAGCAGGGACCAGCUGAAAUGAUGAAGAAGAAAGGGAACUGGGAUAAGACCGUGGACAUGUCAGACAUGGGACCAUCUCACAUAAUCAACAUCAAGAAAGAGAAGCGGGAGACGGACGAGGAAACGAAGCAGAUCCUGCGCAUGCUGGAGAAGGACGACUUCAUCGAUGACCCUGGGCUGAGGAACGACACCCGGAACAUGCCCGUGCAGCUGCCCCUGGCUCACUCGGGGUGGCUUUUUAAGGAGGAGCGCGAAGAACCGGAUGUGAAGCCCUGGCUGGCUGGCCCCAAGGAAGAGGACAUGGAGGUGGAUGCACCCAGUGUGAAAGUGAAAGAGGAGCCAAAAGAGGAGGAGGAAGAGGUCAAGAUGAAGGCCCCUCCCAGGGCAGCCAGGAAGACCCCGGGCCUCCCGAAGGACGUGUCUGUGGCAGAGCUACUCCGGGAGCUAAGCCUCACGAAGGAGGAGGAGCUGCUGUUCCUUCAGCUGCCAGACACCCUUCCUGGCCAGCCGCCCACCCAGGACAUCAAGCCCAUCAAGACCGAGGUGCAGGGCGAAGACGGCCAGAUGGUGCUUAUAAAGCAGGAGAAGGACCGGGACACCAGGCAGGCGGAGAACGCGUGUACCCUGGCUGACCUGACAGAGGGCCAGGUCGGCAAGCUGCUCAUCCGCAAGUCUGGGAAGGUGCAGCUCCUGCUGGGCAAGGUGACCCUGGACGUGACCAUGGGCACCGCCUGCUCUUUCCUGCAGGAGCUCGUGUCCGUGGGCCUUGGAGACAGCAGGACAGGGGACAUGACAGUCCUGGGACACGUGAAGCACAAACUCGUAUGUUCCCCCGAUUUCGAAUCCCUCUUGGAUCACAAACAGCGGUAAACUGAGCAGAUGGAGGAGGGCGGCCACGGAGCCCACGGCCGCUGCCUGCUGCAGACGUUUUGUUCUCGGAUCUGUACGACCCAGCCUUGGCAGCUGCGGCCGGUCCCCCAGGGCCCACGCAGCUUCCUCCCACAGCAGCUGUGAGUGGUGCAGUGGCCUUCCCGCCACGUGGAGAAGGCACAUCCUUGCUGCUGGAGACUUUUCUGCUAUUUAUUUUGAUAUUUAUCUCUUCAUCUUCCCCACUCACUGCAUCCUCCUGAGAUAGACAGGAAGGUUGUGGGGUCGUCCCUGCUCUGCCUCUUGGUGGCUGUCGGGCCAGGCCGGAGUGGCAGGGUAUAAGGACUGGCUUCUGCUUGGGCUCCUCCUCUCCCCCGGCCAGGGCGGGCUGUAGGGAGGAGCAAGAGCAGGGAUGGGUCUGAGACGCAAGUCCUCGGCCCCCACACGCCAGCUCCUGCCGUGUCCUUGCACAAUCGACCUUCCCUUUCUGAGCCUCAUAUUCCUCUGACAGAACGGGGGUCAUACCUACCUCACGGGGUUGGUGUGAGGAGCCAGAGGAACGUAGUCGUGGAAGAUUCCUUGCAUAAGGCCAGACAGUAGGCACUCAAUAAACGUCACUUCCUUUUCCUUUGACGGAGUCUAUUUUCGAAUGGAGUAGAGUUCCAGAUGGAGUGGCCGGGACAGGGCUGCUCCUAUUCCACAGCUCUCCACCCGGGUCUGAUGCUCUAGAGGCGCAGGUCCGGCUGUUCGAGGCCCUCAGCCUCCUGCUACUCUCAGCCACAGCUUCCUGUGCGAGUUACCAAGAGGAAGUCAAAGAUGGCUCCCAGGACCCGUAAGUGUCUGUCACAGUGGACUGUGGACUCCUUCCCUGCACCCAGACCCUUUAGUAAGAGCCAGCUCUCCCAGUUAUUCCUAGAAGUAUUCCUCAGGAGUCUGACUUCCAGAAUUAUCGCCACCCCAAGUAAAAUAGGGCUGACAAACAGUCCCUGGGCAAGAAGGAAGUCAGAGCAGCUUCUCGGACACAGGGCAGAUGCCGCCUGCUCCUACGCUAUGCAUUUGAGGCCCUGUGUCUCCCACCAUGGCUUGGCCAGGCCCCAGUCAGCAUGGAUUGUAGUCCUGCUGGCUAAGUCCACCAAGUUCUGGGUCUGACUUUAUCCCAUCAUCACGUUGCCACCCUCUGUUGUCCUGGCAGGUGCAACUUCUUCUCUGGGCAGUGGACAAGGCCGGGGUUCUUUGCCGGGGGGCGGUCUCGGGGAGGCCUCUGGCAGUUAGCACUGAGGGCUGGUGUCUUGGCUGCCCCUGGAGCAGCUUAGGAACUGCCUCACGACUUGCCAGCCCUCCUGGCGCCUUCGGGUCUGCCUUCUGCUAUCUCCUGUUCCUUCUCUCCAUUCUUUGAGCCUGUUGCUUAUUCAUCUUGACUGGGGCUUUCUCUGCAGAGUACUCCAGCUGCCAGUCCCGCAGCUGGGGCAGAGGUGGGGGAGGACACUGAACCUCUGGUGGCCACAUUGCCCCUCGAGCUGAUGUUCAAGGAGCUCGGUUGGGUAGUGUUCUGGUCUCUUCUCAGUCCUCAGAAACCUGGGCUGUGGAAGUCCUGCAGGCCAGAGACAGAGCCUGGGUUAGCCCCACACUCCGGCACACGCUCCUCUUGCACAGCUGACGCCCUGUGCGUGCUCUCGCUGCGGUCCUCCCUGUUGUGUUACUUGGUUCAGAAAGGCCCUUGUGCUGUUUCAGACUUACUCGGUGCUCUGUGUCAUUAGGUGUCUGGUGUCCCACUGUCCUUAGUUCUGCCCUUCCCCAAAAGCUUGGGGAGGAGCAGGUGCCACGUGAACGUUGGUGUCACCGAUUCACUUGUAUUGGGGCCUGGACUUUACAACCGUACCAGUCGUCACGGCCCGUGCUAGGUCCCCGUGCACAGUGGACGAGGCGAGUCUGCUCUCGGUGGCAUGUCUGACGCAUCCAUCUCAGCCAAUAGCAAGGGGGAAGCCCAGAACCAGGCUCAGACCCAGGCACAGAGGGGUGCCCAGUCACUGCUCCACACUGCCGAGUGUGCAUGCACUCAGGCAGGACAGCUACGGGCUUGUUCCUUCCCCAGCUUCAUGAUGAAGCGACGGAGUGCGGGCUGUAGACUCCAGGUUGGGGUUGUAUCCAACUCCACCAGUAACUCUGGGGGGACUUACCACUUACCCUCUCUAAGCUGUUUGGUUUAUUUUCCAGAAUUAGGCAGUAGUAGAUUUUUUCUCAGGGCACUUUUAAAUGAUCACGAACAUGAAGCAUUCGUUUGGUCAUGCUGCAACCUCUUCGUCUGUCCACCCAACUGGGACUUGGCGUGCACGCACUCACACCUGGCAUGUUUUCAAGCCUCGAGGGCCGGGAUGGGAACUGCAGUCUACCAAGUGGGAUGUGGCUCAUUUAACCACUAGGCUACGCUGCCAGCCCUAGGUGGAAUUUUUAAAAUAUCCAGUCACUUUUUCUACUAAAUAAACUAGUUUCAACACUUUAGCACCUAUUUUUUUAGGUCCCACAGUUUUGUAUACGACAGAUAAUGAUGUAAAUUAUAUGCUAUUUUAUCAUGUGCUUUCACUCAAAAAUGCAUACUGCAGUUCUGUAUUAACGAGCAUCUCGUGUUUCAGGUACCUGUGAGCUAGCUGAAAGGAUUACUGCUGGUAGCUUUUAACCCUCUCAGACCUCCCCGCGGGGUGCAGCAGCAUGCAGCACCGCUGGCCGGCUCUUCAGGGGCAGCGCACAGUGGGAAGAGCAGCUUCCACACCAGGCUGGCCUGUGCUCCAGCCCCCACUGCUAGCGUGCACCGCUGCGCAGUGGGGCACUUCCCGUUUCACGUGGUGUUAGUGCAUCCUGGACCGUGCUGCCACUGCAUGCCUGCUGUGGUUACCCGUCCAGGUGGCCUGCUUCUGACAGCUCUAAACAUUUCUUCCGUUCCCUUCCUCUGGCACCGUCGCUGGUUCAUCUCCCCAAGAGCUGAGUCAGAAGCUGGACUGUGCAUUUACAGUUAAGACCCAGCAGGGGAGAAAUGCAGCCUUGAUCAUCAUUGGCUGGGUGACUUUUCUGGUGUAUUUUUCA